UGGGAAAGCGAGCCUCCAAGUCUCGUGUACGCCCCCUCACCGCGGGAACUAGGUGCCGGCCUCCCCGCCCGUAGCGCCCUGCACGCAUGCGCUCCGCGCCUUCUCCCUCUUCACCGCCCCUCCAGCUGCUCUGGUUACCGUUAGUGUUUGCGAAUUCUCUGUAGUGCCUUCUGCGCUGAGCCCAGCGUCGCGGAUCUCCGCGCGCCCGCGUCACGUGGGCCGAGGCGCCCUCGCGGUUGCUGGCGGGCAGCUAAGCCGGGAAGAAGCUGCGGACACCGCUCGCUGUCCCUCUGCGCUCCAGCAAAAAUGGCGAAAUGGGGGUAGUCGCCUUCGAACCUGAAGUGAUGGGGCGCGCAGGUGGGGCGGUUGUCGGAGCCCCCUGAGGUGUUUGCCUGGCUGUUCUCAGCGAUUUGACUGGGAGACCUCGGUCUGUCGCCUACGAGGUCAGAAGACAGAGACCGCGGGGCGCCGAGGGCCCCGCCGAGAGCCGGAGGCAAUGGAUGAACAGAGCGUGGAGAGCAUUGCUGAAGUUUUUCGAUGUUUCAUCUGUAUGGAGAAAUUGCGGGAUGCACGCCUGUGUCCUCAUUGCUCCAAGCUUUGUUGUUUCAGCUGUAUUAGGCGCUGGCUGACAGAGCAGAGAGCUCAGUGUCCUCAUUGCCGUGCUCCACUUCAGCUACGAGAAUUAGUAAAUUGUCGUUGGGCAGAAGAAGUAACACAACAGCUUGAUACUCUUCAACUUUGCAGUCUUACCAAACAUGAAGAAAAUGAAAAGGACAAAUGUGAAAAUCACCAUGAAAAACUUAGUGUAUUUUGCUGGACUUGCAAGAAGUGUAUCUGCCAUCAGUGUGCACUGUGGGGAGGAAUGCAUGGUGGACAUACCUUUAAACCUUUGGCAGAAAUUUAUGAGCAGCAUGUCACUAAAGUGAAUGAAGAGGUAGCCAAACUUCGUCGGCGUCUCAUGGAACUGAUCAGCCUAGUUCAAGAAGUGGAAAGAAAUGUAGAAGCUGUAAGAAAUGCAAAAGAUGAACGUGUUCGGGAAAUUAGGAAUGCAGUGGAGAUGAUGAUAGCACGGUUAGACACUCAGCUGAAGAAUAAGCUUAUAACACUGAUGGGUCAGAAGACAUCUCUAACCCAAGAAACAGAGCUGUUGGAAUCCUUACUUCAGGAGGUGGAACACCAGUUGCGGUCUUGUAGUAAGAGUGAGUUGAUAUCUAAGAGUUCAGAAAUCCUCAUGAUGUUUCAGCAAGUUCAUCGAAAGCCCAUGGCAUCCUUUGUUACCACUCCUGUUCCGCCCGACUUUACCAGCGAAUUAGUACCAUCUUAUGAUUCAGCUACUUUUGUUUUAGAGAAUUUCAGCACUUUGCGUCAGAGAGCAGAUCCUGUUUAUAGUCCACCUCUUCAAGUUUCAGGACUUUGCUGGAGGUUAAAAGUUUACCCGGAUGGAAAUGGAGUUGUCCGUGGUUACUAUUUAUCUGUGUUUCUAGAACUCUCAGCUGGUUUACCUGAAACUUCCAAAUAUGAAUAUCGUGUAGAGAUGGUUCACCAGUCUUGCAAUGAUCCUACUAAAAAUAUCAUUCGAGAAUUUGCAUCUGACUUUGAAGUUGGAGAAUGCUGGGGCUAUAAUAGGUUUUUCCGUCUGGACUUACUUGCAAAUGAAGGAUACUUAAAUCGCCAAAAUGAUACAGUGAUUUUAAGGUUUCAGGUACGUUCACCCACUUUCUUUCAAAAAUGUCGGGACCAGCAUUGGUAUAUUUCUCAAUUGGAAGCUGCACAGACUAGUUAUAUCCAACAAAUAAACAACCUUAAAGAGAGACUUACUAUUGAACUGUCUCGAACUCAAAAAUCAAGAGAUUUGUCACCACCAGAUAAUCAUCAUAGCCCCCAAAAUGAUGACGCUUCAGAGACACGAGCUAAGAAGUCUGCAUGUUCUGAUAUACUUCUUGAGGGUGGUCCUACUCCAUCUUCUGUAAGGGAGGCCAAAGAGGAUGAAGAAGAUGAGGAGAAGAUUCAGAAUGAAGAUUAUCAUCAUGAGCUGUCAGACGGAGAUCUGGAUCUGGAUCUGGAUCUUGUAUGUGAAGAUGAAGUAAAUCACCUUGAUGGCAGCAGUUCCUCUGCUAGUUCCACAGCAACAAGUAACACAGAAGAAAAUGAUAUUGAUGAAGAAACUAUGUCUGGAGAAAAUGAUGUGGAAUAUAACAACAUGGAGUUGGAAGAGGGAGAACUCAUGGAAGAUGCAGGUGCUGCAGGAACUACAGGUAGUAGCCAUGGCUAUGUGGGUGCCAGUAGCAGAAUGUCGAGACGAACACAUUUAUGCUCUGCAGCUACCAGUAGUUUAUUAGACAUUGAUCCCUUGAUUUUAAUACAUUUGCUGGACCUUAAGGAUCGGAGCAGUAUAGAAAAUUUGUGGGGCUUACAGCCUCGCCCACCUGCUUCACUUUUGCAGCCUACAGCAUCAUAUUCUCGAAAAGAUAAAGACCAAAAGAAGCAGCAGGCGAUGUGGAGAGUGCCCUCUGAUUUAAAGAUGCUGAAAAGACUCAAAACUCAAAUGGCUGAAGUUCGAUGUAUGAAAACUGAUGUAAAGAAUACACUUUCAGAAAUAAAAAGCAGCAAUGCUGCUUCUGGAGACAUCCAGACAAACCUUUUUUCUGCUGAUCAGGCAGCUCUGGCUGCAUGUGGAGCCGAAAAUUCUGGCAGAGUACAAGAUUCGGGAAUGGAACUACUGGCAAAGUCAUCAGUCUCCAGUUGUUACAUACGAAACUGCACAACUAAAAAGAGUAAUUCACCCAAGCCAGCUCGGUCCAGUAUAGCAGGUAGUUUAUCUCUUCGAAGAGCAGUGGACUCUGGAGAAAAUAAUCGUUCAAAGGGAGAUUGUCAGGCUCUGACUGAAGGUUCUCCAGGAAGCUCUCAGACUGGAAGCCGGCACAGUUCUCCUCGAGCCUUGAUACAUAGCAGUAUUGGUGAUAUUUUGCCGAAAACUGAAGACCUGCACUGUAAAGGUUUAGAUUCAGAUGCUGUUGUGGUUGCAGUUUUCAGUGGCUUACCUAUUAUUGAUAAAAGAAGGAAAAUGGUCACCUUGGGGGCUAAUGCUAAAGGAGGUCAUUUGGAAGGAAUGCAGAUGACUAAUUUGGAAAAUAAUUCUGAAACAGGGGAGUUACAGCCUGUGUUACCUGAAGGAGCUUCAGCUGCCCCUGAGGAAGGAAUGAGUAGUGACAGUGACAUCGAAUGUGACACUGAGAAUGAGGAGCAGGAGGAGCUCACCAGUGUGGGCGGAUUUAACGGCUCCUUCAUGGCACAGCCUCCAGAUGAAGAUACCCAUUCCAGUUUUCCUGAUGGUGAACAAAUAGGCCCUGAAGAUCUCAGCUUCAAUAAUGAUGAAAACAGUGGAAGGAUAAUUUGAUUUGGAACCAACACUGCACCCGAUGGGUUAUUAACAAGAUCUAGGCUUCAGAAAAUGACAUAUACAAGUGAGGUCCAUGUAUGGGGGCAAAGCAUCAGAACGAUGGAAGAUUCUAGUCACGUAGUUGGAGCCAUGUUCACUCACUUUUCAAUAUGUGUCACAGACUUGAGAAAAGAAUUGACUUCAAAAUCAAGAGAAAACAAAUAUUUGAAAAAUCUCUACUUACAUCCAAAUUUUUAAAAAUAAAAUGUGUAGAUUAACAAUCUGAUCAUAGUUAAAAUGAAGCUGUUAUUUUUUAUAGCUAUACUGACACUCAAAAUAUGCUACAGUCAUCUAUUUUUUAAAAUUCAGGAAUUUUAGUCCUCCAUUAUGAGACUAGGGAACAUGAAGUAAUUGUAUCAUCAUGUAGAAAUACCAUUAGGCAAUGGACAUUUCUCAGCAAGAGCAUUUGUGCGUUCUGACAGAAUGAGUGAUCACUGCAAUGGGCUACCCUUGUCCACAGUUGAUAAGGACAGAUAACACCAAGACAUUCUUGAUUCUCAGAGAAUCAGAGGCUGCUUCACUGAAUGAAUCUGAUUAUUUAUUGUCCUUAAAGAUAUGCUUCUAGCUUGAAACUGCAGAAAUGGCAAAAGUAGAUAUAUUUUAAGAGUAACUAUAUCGGCAGUCAGAAGCUGCAAGUAACAGGACACUGGUGCAUCCUCCAAUUAUAAUUACACAGACCUGGCUCUCAGUCACCUGCGUUCUCCUUCACACUUGGCCUCUGGGUUCACUUUAGGCAAUUCUUUCAGCCUCCUUCAUACCAAUUUAUUUCCUUGGGGGAAAUAAUUUUAAAGGAGUUGAAACUAGCAAUUUUCAGUCUCCAACACCACAUUUUAUUUUAUAGUAAUAGUUGCCUUUGCUGUCCGAACUAAAAAAUAAAGGCAAAAAUAUAGAAAUGCUAUUUGGUUUUCUUUUUAAAUGGCAUUUUAAUUCUAGUAUAUUUGUACCUGACAUCAUCUCCAUUAAACUAGUUCUAUUCCUGAGAUGAAGGUACAGUGAAAAACAUAUUAGCAUCAUAGAUUAAAACCAGUCUCCUAAAAUGCUAACAAAAAUUCCACCAAAACCCCCAAAUAACUAUACCCUACGAAAUAUUUAAUUCAAAAAAGUUCUGUUUUACAGAAAAAAAAAAUCAAUAAAUCUUUUUGACUGUAAACCACCUCACAAGUCUGAGAAGAUAACACUUUUACACUAGUUUUCUACUUUCAUUGCUACCAGUUAAAAUCCAUAUGGCUUUUAGUCUUUUGCCUACCCCCAAAUGGGGGGAAGGGAUGUUUCCUCAUAGUCCCCAGAAUUUUGAGGGACAUUACCUAACUGAAUUUUGCAUUAAAUUUUCCAUAGAUAUUAGGCACAUCAGACCAGAUU